GGGAGGGGAGAGGAGGGAGGACGGACGGAGGAAGAAGCAGAAAACAAAGUGACAGCAGCCGGGAGGACGAGAGGACCGGAGGAUGCUGCUGCUCGUCACUUCUGAGGAGUUCUCAGCAUCACGGCAGCAGAGCGUCUCCAGCCGGCGUGUUGGUUCGUGUUGAUGCGAGUGUGAAGCCAUGGCGAGCGCUCAGCCGGGGGUCCACGCUCUCAAACUCCAGCCUCCGUCCGUCUCCCAGACGCUGAGGAACGGCAGCAACUUCCUGAAAUGGGACGAGGAUCUGUCCACGGUCUCUCCGGUGACUCUUUUUGUGGAUCCUCACGGAUUCUAUCUGCACUGGACCGAACAGAACAAGGACACGGAGCUGCUGGACCUGACGCUGGUGAAGGACGUCAGGACGGGCCGAAGCACCAAAACACCAAAGGAGGCCAAGCUGCGGGAGCUGCUCGAUGUGGGGAACCUGGUUGGUCGACUGGAGAACCGCAUGGUAACCGUGGUUACGGCCUCGGACCUGGUAAACGUCAACCAGCUGAUCUUCAUCGCCUCACAGGAGGACGAAGCCAAGAUCUGGUGUGAGGAGCUGUUUUCUCUGUCUUCCAACCUGCUGAGCCACAAUCUGAACAGAGACCAGAGUCUGCUGAAAGCGUAUGUCAGAUUAACUCUUCAGCCGAAUGCAGAGGGAAGAAUUCCCGUUAAAUCAUCCGUUCGGCUGUUUUCAUCAGACAGGAGAGGGGUAGAAAAUGCCCUGGAGAGCUGCAAACUGCCCUACGGACGGGGCGACAGCAUCAAACUGGAGGACUUCACUCAGGAAGUCUACAGGAACUUCCUGGACAGUCUCUGUCCUCGUAAUGAGCUCGGAGGCAUCUUUAAACUGCAAGGAGCGAAUGGAGGAACGAUGUCGGUCGAUCAGAUGACCGAGUUCAUCAACAACAAGCAGAGAGACCCGAGACUCAACGAAAUCCUUUAUCCUCCUCUUCGUCCGGCACAAACCCACAGUCUGAUGGAGAGAUACCAACACGACCAGGCCCAGCUUCAAUCAGGCUCGAUCUCUCUGCAGGCGUUCUCCAGUUAUCUGUCCAGUGAUGAGAACGGAGUGAUUCCACCAGAAAAACUGGAUCAGUCUGAAGACAUGAGCUUCCCGCUGUCGCACUAUUUCAUCAAGUCGUCACAUAAUACCUACCUGACAGCCGGUCAGCUGGCUGGAAGCUCCUCGGUGGAAAUGUACCGUCAGGUUCUUCUGGCUGGAUGCCGCUGUGUAGAAUUAGACGUGUGGAAAGGACGAACCGCCGAGGAGGAGCCUGUCAUCACCCACGGAUUCACCAUGACGUCGGAAAUUUCCUUUAAGGAAGUGAUCGAAGCCAUCGCUGAAUGCGCCUUCAAGACGUCACCUUUUCCCGUCAUUCUGUCUUUUGAAAACCACGUUGACUCUUUGAAGCAACAGGCCAAAAUGGCAGAAUAUUGCCGAUCGAUCUUCGGAGACGCUCUUCUGAUUGACCCUCUGGACAAAUAUCCCCUGGAGUCGGGCGUCCCUCUGCCUAGUCCUCAGGAGCUGAUGGGCAAAAUCCUCAUCAAGAACAAGAAAUCUCACAAACCGGCCAAUAACACGGACAGCAAGAGGCUGACGGACCAGCCGGCCAAUCAGAGCCAGGAGCCGCUGUCUCCUAGCAACAACACAGGAGAGAUGGAGGCAGAGAGUGAGGAAGACGAUGAUGAAGAAGAUGAUGAUGGUAAAAAGGGCUCGGCUGAGCGGGAGGCGGUGGCUACAGAGGAAAUGUCAACUCUGGUAAACUACGUCCAGCCCACCAAGUUCAACUCCUUCGAAGGCUCCAAGAAGGCGGCCCGCUGUUACCACAUGUCGUCUUUCGUGGAGACCAAAGCUUUGGAGCAUCUCACAAAGUCACCGGUGGAGUUUGUGGAAUAUAAUAAAUCCCAGCUGAGUCGAAUCUAUCCCAAAGGAACCAGAGUGGAUUCGUCAAACUUUAUGCCUCAACUCUUCUGGAACGCUGGAUGUCAGCUGGUGGCUCUCAACUACCAAACUAUCGACUUGUCCAUGCAGCUGAAUCUCUUCAUGUUCGAGUACAACGGUCGCAGCGGCUACAGACUGAAGCCUGAGUUCAUGAGACGUCCAGACAAACACUUUGACCCUUUUACAGAAAACACUGUUGACGGCAUCGUAGCGAACACGCUGUCUGUGAAGGUGAUUUCAGGCCAGUUUGUGACGGAGCGGAGGGUUGGAGUUUAUGUGGAGGUGGAGAUGUUCGGACUUCCUGCAGACACCAGGAGAAAAGCUCUGAAGACCAAAACCUCUCAGAACAACAACGCCAUCAAUCCAGUGUGGGAUGAAGAGCCGAUUGUCUUCAAAAAGGUGAUUCUUCCAACUCUGGCCUCUCUGAGAAUCGCUGCUUUUGAGGAAAGCGGGAAGUUUAUCGGUCAUCGAAUUAUUCCAGUUUCUGCCGUCAGACCAGGUUAUCGUUACAUCGGCUUGAGGAACGAGAAGAAUCAGUCUCUGAUUCUACCAGCCGUGUUCGUCUACAUUGAAGUCAAAGAUUACGUCCCCGACACGUUUGCAGAUGUGAUCGAGGCUCUUUCCAACCCCAUCAGAUACGUGAACCUCCUGGAGCAGAGGUCGAAACAGCUGGCAGCUCUGACUGGUGAGGACGGGGAGGAGGACACUCAGACGCAGGAUGAAGUCGAAAACAACGUCGAGAGGAAGAACGAUCUAAAGCCAGCUCCACUGGAGAAUGGACUGAGUCCCACCUCUGGACCUGCAGGCCACACCCCCAUCGCCACAACACCGAAAGCUUCUACAGCCAAUCAGCAAGCAGCUACGACAGAAUCGGCCAAACCAGCAGCAAAGACAGAAGAUCUGGUGUUAAGUGUUUUGAUUGACGUCCCGGUUUACUCCAUGGAGGCUCUGCAGCAAACCAAAGUUUACCAGAAGGAGCAGCGACGGCAGUUCAAGGAGCUGAAGGAGUUGGUGAGAAGGCACCAGAAGAAAACCUCCGAACUGCUGCGAGAGUUCAACAACAAGUACAAGAAGACGGCCCGGCAGUGCAGCAAGAGCAGGGCGUCUGGUUCAGACAACGAGAAAGACGAACGUCUGCAGCAGCUGAGAGACGAGCAGCAGCAGCAGCUUCUGGCUCUGAGGCAGGAACAGUACUACAGUCAGAAAUACCUGCAGAGGGAGCACAUCAAGACGCUGACAGAACGUCUCACCAGUCUGGCCGAGGAGGGUCACAACACCCAGAUGAAGAAACUCAAAGACAUCUGUGACAAGGAGAAGAAGGAGCUGAAGAGGCAGAUGGAUCGAAGGAGAACAGAGAAGAUCAACCAGGCCAAGACCAAAGAGAAACAUCUGGCAGAGGAGGAGAAGAUCGAGAUCAAUAAGUCCUACGUCAAUGAAGUCGUCCAGAACAUAAAGCGGCUCGAGGAAACUCAGACGAAACGCCACGAGCAGCUGGUGGAGCAACACAACGAGCUGCUGCAGGAGAUACAGGACCAGAAACCAAAGCUGCAGAGCGCCGUGGAAGCAGAGUUCCAGGAGAAGUUCCACUGUUUGCCCGGAGAGAUCGAAGAGUUCCUGCAGGACAGGAAGAUGGAGGUCAGAGGUCACAGCAAAUCCAGACCGUCGACGCCUCACGAAGCUCUUUCUGAGGAGGACUGAAGGGAACGAAGGAAUGAACGAAUCAGUAAACCGAGGACGGAACUAAACAGAAGGUAGCAGGCUGAUGAGGGAGUAAACGAUCCAGAUAAUAAAGACUGUUACUUUCCUUUUUAAUGGAAGAGCGCUUUAAGAAUUUAUUUUUCGACUCCAUUAUCUUGGCAUGAACUUUGCUGUAUUUCAGCAUUUAAUCAUUUAGUCUUAUUUUCUGUCAUUUGUUACUUUGACAGACAACUGAAACCCAACAGUUUGUACUGCAUGAAAACUCUAUCUAUCUAUCUAUCUAUCUAUCUAUCUAUCUAUCUAUCUAUCUAUCUAUCUAUCUGCUCAUACAUAAACUCGAGGCCUGUCUCUAUCUUAUAUACACAUGCAGAGACGUUAUACAGCUUUUGCGUUGGUCACAAUCAGUGCUAAUACACUUAUAAUCUACCAGUAAUCACUGCUGUUUUCUAUUAUUAUCAUUCUUCUUUUUCACUCACAUUCACACACAUUUUAAAGCUGCACUAAACACCCACAGCUAGCUCUGUUUGUUCCAGCUGGAGGUUAAUAACUUUGUUCAAAGGCCCCUCAGUGGUGGUAAUGAUGAUGAUAAUCCACCACAUCUUGUUUGUGUCAAACUGGCAAAACAAACCGCAGCUACAAAUGUUAUUGUUGCAUAAGAUAUGAAGUCGACAUCUCUUUCUAACGCUCUGCAUCAAAGCUGCAUAUUUAGAAUUAAUCUCCUGCAGCCUUAAAGUCUUUAUUUUAUGCCAUCUCUACACUCAUUUCUCCACACUCCCUGCAACCCGAGCACACCAGCUCAGUACUUCAAACCAGAAACUGAUUCUGAACAUAAACAACAAUACAGAAAGCUGCAACCUGCAAGCUGACAGAACUGGUUCGGUAGGUUCAUUAUGUGUGAAACUCCAAAAGUCUGAAGACAUGUUAUCAGUUCACUGCAGUUUCUAAGUGGAAAUGCUCGGCCCUGAUGUUGAUUAUUUUACUUAUACAUUUUUUUAAAAAGACCACAUGAGCAUGUUGGCAAGGUGAUGUUCACUUCAAUAACUUCUUGUAUGAAUGUCUGAGGACCGGUUUUAUUAGCUUGAAUUAAAAAUGAAACACUUACAGUUGUAAAAAUAUGCAAGUGUCAAAAACUUGAGAGAUUUUACCUCUUCAAAUCUGAAACUGUUCCUGAUGUAAAUUUGGCUGCCAAGUAGUCUUGUUGUGCAGUGAUUCUCUGCUCCCAGUGCUCUUGCAACAUUUUUAACGCUCCCUGGAAGUCCUGAUAUUCAGCAACGAGCACUGAAUCUCUUAAACUGUGUCUGAAUUGUGACCUUUUAACAUUUAUUUCAUUCGAAGAGGCAAAUCUGCUGAUUUUUGGUUCUUCCACUGUGAAAACUGAUGUUUCGUCUGUGGAUGGUAGCUGCAGACCCUCCACACUUCACCAUGGACACAGAAUGUUGCGUUUCCUCACCGUAAAAUUUUGAUCUCUAUUGAGAAACCUCAGCAGUGGUUAUAAAAACGUGUGACACAGGUCCACAUGUUAAUAACACAUGACAUGUUUUGUCCACACCACAAACAGUCUCUAAACUUGUUGAUGAAGCCUCUUUCUUUAGCAUUUAGAAACGCGACAGCACUCUCACCAUAGCUGUCAGAAAGAAAAACCCUUCAACCCCAGCCUGAGUCUAAACCUCUGAACCGGGGUGCCAAAGUGAUUAUGUUCACAUUUAAUGAACUAUUUUCUUAAAAAUCUUCUUGAACAACCUGAAAUUUCUUAAGUUCAAUUUCAACAAUAUUAUGCUUAAGUUUAUUGUUUACAAAUUACAACUUCCAGAUCACAGAGUGUCUACAAAGGAACAAAAUAUUCAGUCAUCUGGAACUGAACAAUGUAGUAUUUUACUUUAUGGUCAAAAUGACAGAAGUCAGACAAAAAAAAAAAAAAAAGACUAAA